AUGGCUGGCGAGGGCAAGCUCGCAGCAGCCCGAGCUCGCUCGAGAUUUUCUCUCGUUUUGUUUUCUAGAAACCGGUAUGAUUGUCGGGAGCCGGUGCCUUUCUCUGGUGGCAGAAGAUUUGAAACUCGAGAUUCCAGCUAUUAUUAUGAAGACAGAAUAUGGGGUGCUAGAACUGCGAAGUUUAUUGCACGAGAAAAGUGGAUUGUGGUCGGAUCCGACUGGGGUUUUAUAGAAGUGUACAGUUAUAUUGCCAUGCGGAAUUUCAAGGGAUUGAAGUCAUAUUUAUUUUCAGAAAUAAAGAAAUUUCGAGCUCAUGAGCACGCCAGUGACAUUUCAUUGGACGUCCAUCCAACUGGGCCUUUUCUGCUGUCAGCAUCUUCUAGCCGCCGCCACAGCUCCAGGUGGACAGUACUUGGAACGAUUAAACUGUGGGACUGGGAAAACGGCUGGGUUUGCAUUAGGACAUUUGAUACGCAAAUCGAUCUAAGUCAAGUCAAGUUUAACCCAAUGGAUCCAAAUCGUUUUGUUACCGUUUCCAGUACUGGUGAUGCGAAGGUAUGGAAUAUUAGUUCUCCCAGUUGGGAAUCAACAUUGUCUGGCGCAAAAGACGCGGAAUAUUUUGAUUUCUUCACUCGAGAUGACAAGUUACACCUGAUCAUUUCUCAUUACUCAAAGAAGAAAGCCACGUCCUCUAAGAAGCUGCCAACACACUAUGAGGUUGAGACACAGAAGAGGACAAGGACUGAAGACGUGUCUCUUCAGCAAGUAAGGCAGACAAUGCAUGUGCCAUGGUCAGAGUAG